CCUUCUUCUGCUUCUAGAAAAACGGCACGCAGCCCUAGAGGCCCCCCCUCCCUCUUCUCUCCCCCACCUCUGUCUUUGUCUUCUUCACAUCUCCACACGCCUCUCUCUCUCUCUCUCUCUCUCUCUCUCAAUGCUCAAGAACGUACAAAACAUCCCCAUUUAAAGGCAUUAACCGUUGCCAGUGAACCAAUCCUCCCAGUCUCUCUCUCUCUCUCUGAGCUCAAUCCUUAUCCGACACCGUUUUCAUGUGAAUUCGUGUCCGCCUGUAUCCUCAUCCUCAUCAGCGUCAUGUAUAUAACGGCCUCGUCCUCGUCUUCGGCUUCCUCAAUCCUCAGGGCUGCUGCUGCUGCUUCUUCCCCUUCCUAUCUUAGGGCCAGGUUCUUCUCUACAUCUCUUUCUCGAAGCUUUGUCGCCUCUUCUUCCCCUCCCAAGCACUCUCCUUCUCUUCCAGCCUACCGAUCCUUGAACUUCUCCUCCGCUGUUCGAUCUGUCCGCUUCUCCCCCCCUCGCUGGAGCCACGGUGUCGAUUGGCGCUCUCCGAUCAGUCUCCGCUCUCACGUCAGGGCCGUAGCUCCCGUGAUCGAACGCUUCCAUAGGAAGAUCGCCACUAUGGCCUCUGAAAAUCCUUUCAAGGCAAACUUGACUAGUCUUCCCAAGGCAGGAGGUGGCGAGUUUGGAAAGUUCUACAGCCUUCCAUCUUUUAAUGAUCCAAGGAUCGAGAAGUUGCCGUACUCAAUCAGAAUCCUUCUGGAGUCUGCAAUUCGCAAUUGUGAUAACUUCCAAGUUAAGAAGGAAGAUGUUGAGAAAAUUAUUGAUUGGGAGAAGUCUUCUCCAAAGCAAGUUGAAAUCCCUUUCAAGCCUGCCCGUGUUCUAUUGCAGGAUUUUACUGGAGUUCCUGCUGUUGUCGACCUUGCUUGUAUGCGGGAUGCCAUGAACAAACUCGGAAGUGAUUCUAACAAGAUUAACCCUUUGGUUCCUGUGGAUCUUGUAAUUGAUCAUUCAGUUCAGGUUGAUGUAGCAAGGUCUGAAAAUGCCGUGCAGGCCAAUAUGGAUCUUGAAUUUCAGAGAAACAAGGAGAGGUUUGCUUUUCUUAAAUGGGGGUCUACUGCUUUCCGCAACAUGCUUGUUGUUCCUCCUGGUUCUGGUAUUGUGCAUCAGGUUAAUCUUGAAUAUCUUGGACGGGUUGUUUUUAACGCCGAUGGCAUACUUUAUCCUGAUAGUGUGGUUGGAACUGAUUCCCAUACAACCAUGAUCGACGGGUUAGGAGUUGCUGGCUGGGGAGUGGGAGGUAUUGAAGCAGAGGCAGCAAUGCUUGGCCAGCCCAUGAGUAUGGUGUUGCCUGGUGUUGUUGGGUUCAAGUUAUCUGGAAAAUUGCGCAAUGGCGUCACUGCUACCGACUUGGUUUUAACUGUGACACAAAUGCUGAGGAAGCAUGGUGUUGUUGGCAAAUUUGUGGAGUUCUAUGGGGAUGGAAUGGGUAAACUAUCACUAGCUGACAGGGCCACUAUAGCCAAUAUGUCUCCUGAAUAUGGUGCAACUAUGGGAUUCUUCCCUGUAGACCAUGUCACUUUACAGUAUCUCAAAUUAACCGGAAGAAGUGAUGAGACGGUGGAAAUGAUAGAAGCUUAUCUUAGGGCAAAUAAAUUGUUUGUCGACUAUAAUGAGCCUCAACAAGAAAGAGUGUACUCCUCUUACCUACAACUGGAUCUCGCAGAUGUUGAACCCUGCCUUUCAGGACCAAAAAGACCUCAUGAUCGGGUGCCUUUGAAAGAAAUGAAGUCUGAUUGGCAUUCUUGUCUUGACAACAAAGUUGGAUUCAAGGGGUUUGCUAUACCAAAAGACGUACAAGAGAAAGUGGCCAAGUUUUCAUUCCAUGGACAGCCAGCAGAGCUUAAGCAUGGUAGUGUUGUAAUUGCUGCAAUCACAAGCUGCACCAAUACAUCAAACCCUAGUGUCAUGCUUGGGGCAGGUCUUGUUGCAAAAAAGGCUUGUGAACUUGGUUUGCAGGUCAAACCAUGGGUUAAGACAAGUCUUGCCCCUGGAUCUGGAGUUGUUACAAAAUAUUUGCUCCAGAGCGGACUGCAAAAAUACUUUAACCAGCAGGGCUUCAAUAUUGUUGGAUAUGGCUGCACAACAUGUAUUGGGAAUUCAGGGGAUUUAGAUGAAUCAGUUGCUUCUGCUAUUACAGAAAACGACAUUGUGGCAGCUGCUGUACUUUCUGGGAACAGGAAUUUUGAGGGUCGUGUUCAUCCAUUAACAAGAGCUAACUACCUUGCCUCGCCUCCUUUAGUUGUUGCCUACGCCCUUGCUGGCACGGUUGACAUUGACUUCGAUAAGGAGCCAAUUGGCACGGGGAAGGAUGGUAAGAGUGUCUAUUUUAGGGAUAUCUGGCCUUCUACAGAAGAAAUUGCAGAGGUUGUUCAAUCCAGUGUGUUGCCUGAAAUGUUCAAAAUUACUUAUGAGGCUAUUACAAAAGGCAAUCCUAUGUGGAAUCAGCUUUCAGUUCCAACUGGCACCCUGUAUUCAUGGGACUCCAACUCAACCUACAUCCACGAGCCUCCAUACUUCAAGGGCAUGACCCUAGAUCCUCCUGGAGCCCAUGGAGUGAAGGAUGCAUACUGCCUACUGAACUUUGGUGACAGUAUUACAACAGAUCACAUUUCCCCAGCAGGAAGCAUUCACAAGGACAGUCCUACUGCAAAAUACCUUCUUGACCGUGGAGUAGAUCGCAAGGACUUCAAUUCUUAUGGAAGUCGCCGGGGCAAUGAUGAAGUGAUGGCUAGGGGAACUUUUGCCAAUAUUCGCAUUGUUAACAAGCUCUUGAGUGGGGAAGUGGGCCCAAAAACAGUUCACAUUCCUACCGGCGAGAAACUCUCUGUUUUUGAUGCAGCAACGAGGUACAAGGAUGCUGGGCAGGACACCAUCGUACUGGCUGGUGCUGAAUAUGGGAGCGGAAGUUCCAGGGACUGGGCCGCCAAAGGUCCAAUGUUAUUGGGUGUUAAAGCAGUGAUUGCCAAAAGCUUUGAGAGAAUUCAUCGCAGUAAUUUGGUUGGAAUGGGUAUUAUUCCACUUUGCUUCAAGUCUGGUGAGGAUGCAGACACACUAGGAUUGACCGGCCACGAACGAUACACCAUUGACCUCCCAAGCAAAAUUAGCGAGAUAAGGCCAGGCCAAGAUGUGACUGUCACAACUGACAGUGGAAAAUCUUUCACCUGCAUUUCCCGCUUUGACACUGAGGUGGAAUUGGCUUAUUUCAAUCACGGAGGCAUUCUUCCCUAUGUUUUACGGAAUUUGACCAAGCAAUAAAACAAUUAGGAGUGCAUUGUUGGAUUUUCGACCUUGCCAUAUCCUUGUGAGUUCUUCCUUCCAUGUUGGGGGGAGUGAAUAAAACGUCUUAACAAUAGGAAACAAAAAUUCUGUUUUACGGGAUAUAUAGCUAUUUUCAGCUUUUGAAACAUAAUCAUAAUCGAGGGUUGCCAAGGAUAUGUUUUGCCUAUUUCAGGAAAAGGAAGAGUAUACUUUACUCAA